UCGGAGCACAAGUUUUCUCAGUACGUUUGCCAGAAAGCCCAUGACCUGCUAGAAGUAAUGGCAUUCGUGACAAGGAGUCUGCGGCAUUUCUAUAAAGUAUACAAUGGAAAUACGGGAGCAAUAUAUUGUUCGUUACGCCAACCAAUUUCUCGGAUAUCAAUUUGUCAGACAGUGCAAUUGUAUAAUUACAGCACAACAUCUGAUCGACCAAAAAUAACAGGUAGUUUAACAAAUAUACAAUCAAGCGUAGGCACUGUUCAGUCACUAGCACCAGAUGCUUUAGACAUCAAAAAGACAGAAGAAGAAGCAAGAGAAGAAGCAGAACAAAAGGAGACUCGUGAACGGGCCGACAGAUGGGUUAAACAUAGUUUCAGAUUUUUUGGUGUUGUCUUUACCAUUGGGUUGUCAUAUAUGAUUUAUGAACUGGCAAGAACAAAGUAUGAUGAGCAGGGGAAUGCCAUAGAAGAUGAAUACUCCAAUUUACCAGUGUACCAAAGGGUAUACAAAAGGUUUCGGAGGGAAUAUGCUUACUAUACCAAGAUGAUCCAAGAACCCAGCAGGGACAAACUUCUUCCAGAUCCACUCAAAUAUCCCUACCUUCAACCCCCUUACACUUUGGUCCUGGAGUUAACAGAUGUCCUUAUACAUCCUGAUUGGACGUAUGAAACUGGCUGGAGGUUUAAAAAAAGACCCGGUGUGGACCAAUUUUUAGAAGCUGUUGCUCCACCACAGUUUGAAAUUGUAGUAUACACAGCAGAACAGGGUCUGACUGUUUUUCCUAUAUUGGAUGCUUUGGAUCCUAAUGGAUAUAUCAUGUACAGACUGGUAAGAGAUACAACCCGUUUUGUGGAUGGGCAUCAUGUUAAAGAUUUGGAUGCUCUUAACCGUGAUCUCAGUAAGGUUAUAGUUGUUGAUUGGAAUGCAAAGAGUACAAAAUUCCAUCCUGAAAAUACUUUAAGGCUACCACAAUGGACGGGUAACGAUAAUGAUACGACGCUGUAUGAUUUAGCUGCAUUCUUGAAAACUAUAUUAGCGACAAAUGUGCAAGACGUACGAGAAGUUCUCAAUUAUUACAGUCAGUUCGAUAAUCCAUUAGAAGUUUUCAGAGAAAAUCAGAGAAAGUUAAUUAUGCAGAUGGAGGAAGAAGAAAGCAAAGCGCAGCAAGAAAACAGUAGAGUACUUACUUCAAAGUGGAAACCGUCUUUCCUUCGAAAUCGUUAAGCCGCGAUAGAAAAAAUAUUGUGUAAAAUAUGAGAAAUUUGUAAACCAUCAUUAACAUGUCUCUUCAUCCUGCUAAUGCACAUUGCAUGUAAUUAUUGUACAAUUUUUGCUAUAAAUAAAUAAACAAGUAAUUCAUAUACCCAAA